AUGACGUGUAAUGAACAUGCAGGUUUCAUCACUGCAGAAAUGCUAUUACUCUUUCAGAAGGGUCCUUCACGUCCCCGUGGCUAUGUGUACGUAUACAAUGGUGGAAGGGACAAUCGAGAAGGGCAAGAAAGAGAACCUGGACGCAAGAAGAAUGAGGAAAAGCAAAUCGAGAUUAAAAGACAAAUUUAUGUGGAACAGAUUAAAAGCGAUGGAUGCGAGCAGCGAUGUGACGACGAAGCAGCAUUGGAAGAGACGAGAAAAAACUUGGAGGAACUCGAACUGGAAAAUCAUCUUUGUCAAAGCCGGAAAGAAUUGUUCGAUUACAAGUUUGGUGACAAGAGCACAGAUCUAGAGACCUUGCAUCCUCAUGUCACCCAACUGAGGAUUGCAUUAUUUGGCCAAACGGGUUCAGGAAAGAGUUGCCUCAUCAAUACAUGUGAACGUGCAGUGAGGGGAACAGAAAGGGGCUCUGCAGAGAGCAGUUCAGGAGAAGAAUGGACUGUUACGCUCCAGGACCAUCUGCCAGAGAUGUUCUUCCACCUGGUCGACACUAGAGGUUUCUUCAAUUUUGAUUCUAACGAGACUGUUGAGUUUCAGAACAUCUUGCUCGGGAAAAUCCAACCUGGCGAUACAAUAGAUCGUCCUAUGAAUGAGCAGACCAAUCAGCAGAAGUUGCAUCAAUUCCCAGCAUUUGAGAAAAGAGUGCACGGAAUCAUCAUCGUUGUAAAGGCAAAUGACCCGCGACUACAGAAGGGAACAUUGAGGGAAUACCUUCAACCAGUCCUAGAAAUAAUUGAUAAUAAUGGGAUUAAGCCUAUAACAGUCGUCACUCACUAUGACACACUUCAUACGGAGGAAGAGCGUAAAGCUGCCCUUAAAGAAGCGUCAGAAGCUACAGAUAGUUCCCCUUCUCACACACUCUUCAUUUCGAACUAUACCAAAGAAAAUUGGGUUCGUAACACUAAGAUAGAGCGCAUGGCACUUGAAAUUCUGCACAGAGCAGUAGAGGAAUCCGAAAAGGCUGUAAUAAGGGUCAUGGAGGAAACAGUACCUCGAGAGAUUCUUGAGCGAGGACCCUUGGCUUUGGAAGCCUAUAAUAAGGCUCGUAGUGAGGGGACCACAGUUGUUAAGAGGGUACCCAUCAUGUUGAUCGGACAAAACCGCUCAGGAAAGACCAGCUUAAAGAAGUCACUCCGAGGCCAGCCUUUCGAUGAAAAUGAGAAAGGCACUUCAGGGAUAGAUGUUGACCCUUCAUUCUUUAAAGUUUCUUGCGAGCUUUGGAAGGUUGGGGAGAGAGACCAAGAUGCCAGUCCAGUUUCGGCAUCACUAUUCGAUUGCCACAUUGCCAAAUCCACAGUUAAAAAUUUGAGUUUGAAGACAAAAUUUGAGGUUGGUUCAGCCAGAGCUAUCGACCCAGAAGACUCCGACUCUAAAGAAGCCCACACAAAUUUAUUUCCUGAACGCUCACUUACGCGUAUGACUUCCAAAGAAACCUCUGCCUGUGAGGAGGUACCAACGGUGUCAGAAAACCCUGAUAAAACAGCAGAUUCAUCGACACACAUCAGGCCUGGACCCGAUAUAGAAAAUGAUUGGGAAUCAAAAGAAUGUUUGCGCAACGUAACAGAAAUGUUGCUGCAAAAAAUAAUUCCAAACGAGGAAGACGUAUUUUCCAUGUUCUGGGACUUUGGUGGAGAAUCAGUCUACUACACCACACAUCCAAUAUUUCUAACUCCAAAAGCGAUAUACUUAUUGGUUCAUGAUCUCAGCAAGGAUGCAGAUGCACUUUCCAAACCAGUCAGUUACCAAGGACGGUACAAAAACUACACAGACAGCCACUGUUUAAAACAAAAUGUCGAUUACCUCUAUUUUUGGAUGUCUCUUGUUGCCUCUUUAGCCAAUCACCACGAUAGUGAUCCCUCAAACACAACAUCAAAAACAUUGCCUGAAAACCUCCCCCCAGUGUUCUUGGUGUGCACCCAUGCAGACGAGCCCUUUGGUCGCAGUGAUGCCACAACGCUUAGCCGAAGUGUUUAUGGGUCUUUAAAAGGAAAAUCAAGUGGAACUCACCUUUGGAAAGAUUUUUUUGUCGUAGACAAUACCAGAUCCGGCAAAGAGCCUGAAUGUUCAGGGGUUGUGCACCUACGUAAGGAGGUACGUGCUGCUUGUAACGAAUUACAAAAGCAAGGAGAAGCCAUACCAAUCAAGUGGUUACUAUUUGAAACUGUUAUUACGGAGAAAAAAGAAAAAGGCUUCAAAUUUAUUUCCUUUGAGGAGGCCAGAAGAACUGCCGCUGAAGAGUGUGACAUCUGCGACAAGGAUCAGUUUCGGACAUUAAUGAAGCUUUUGCAUGACCAAAGAAUUUUGAUUCACUUUGAUGAAACUCCUGAGCUAGACAGAUUGGUGGUAUUAGACUGUCAAUGGUUGAUCGAUGUGUUCAAGAGCGUAAUUACAGUCAAGCCCUAUGAAGGAGAGGACAACAAAUUUGCAGGCCUUUGGAAAACGUUUGAGGAGGAAGGAAUCUUAAAGGAAGAACUCCUGAAACACGUCUGGAGCCCUUUGUUCAAGGAACAGAUUACCUGCGAGAGUCUUAUUGCAAUUAUGGAGAAGUUCAGUUUGCUUUGCUCUUUGCCCUUAUCUAAUCCUUCCCAUGCAAGAGAGUAUUUGGUGCCAUCAAUGUUGAUGUAUCUUCCCUCAGAGGAUGUUAAAAGCUUGGUGGAAUCCUCAAAGAUUCCCUCCCUUUUCAUAAAAUUUAAAUCUGGACAAGUUCCUCCAGGCUUAUUCCAUAGACUGGUCCUCGAGUUCUUUCCUUGGGGCCAGGAAAAUCAAUCAAGCCAAUUACGCCCCAGCCUGCAUCAAAAUUAUUUCAGAUUUUACCUCCCUGAAAAGAGAAACUGUUCUUUUAUCCUCCUCAAUCAUUCCUCUUCUAUUGAGGUUGUUUUUCACUCAGUUGAGUCAGCUGACGUUUCCUUUGUUCCGAAAUUACGUAGGCAACUUGAAUUGGUUCUUACAUCCAUGCGUAUUAAGUUCUUCUGGCUCAAGAGCAUGAGGUAUGAAAUAGCUUUCAUCUGCCCAGUCUGCUGUCAAGGUAAAGCCGUUAGCUUCUUCUGCACUCAUAAGAUUCGAGGUUGCAAGCAAGAGGAAUGUCUGCACUUCUGGUUGGAGUCUGAAAUUAACAAGGAAAGUAACUGCACCAAGAAUGCCACGGCAGAGGAUUUUAGUGUUCACAUUGAGAAAUUUGCCCCCUGGACCACCCCAACAGAAAUCCGAUCAACUGACGGCACACAUGCUGAGACCCAAACGGCCGGUGACAAAGAAAUCCUUCAGGUUGAAAAAUUCCUUUCGGAAUGUACAAGUGAUACUACACCUGAUGAUUUCUUGUCAAAAUUGACGACUAUUCUGGAACUGGACCAAUCCGCCCUUCAGUAUCCAGAUCUUGCAACCAAGACAGUUUUCCGUAUCCUUGCAAGAAAAGCCAAAGUCAUGAAAAGAGUUGAUGUAUUUGAGCGUUUGAGAAACAUUUUGCCCGCUGGAACAACUGGUCCCUCUUUGGCUGAACAUAUCGAUGUUUGUGACAUUCCUUUGGCCCAAAGACUUUGUCUUACAAUGCAUUUGAGCGGUGGAGAUAAAUGGAAGAUGGUAGCUGAACAUAAGAAACUGGGAUUACAGCCAUUUGAAAUCCAAUACUUUGACGAUCGUCAUACGAAUCCAUUUGAAGCAGCUUUGAGUUUGGUUUCUAAACGGCGGCAUUUAAGUGUAGGUAGUCUGUACGACCUGCUAAACGAACUUGGAUAUCCUCAAAUUGCUGACUUACUUUAGAUAGGAUGGAUUUGGAUUUAUCUCUUUUACAUCAAAGAGCAGGUUAAUGAACAAUCUCGACAUUUUUCUGUAGUUUGUUCAUACAGCCAUUGAGUUACAUUGGCUCUACGGUCAACUAAACUGUAAGAGGACGGGUUCCCUCAUAAGUUGCAGUAUUACAAUAAAUUUACAGAUUUCUAUAGUAAGAAACCUCGAACUGACAAAAAA